AUGCAGAGCCCCAGAAAAAUUGGGAAGAUGAAGUCUCCAACCUCCGAGCAACUCACCGGCAACACCCAGUCUAUAAGCCCCUAUUCCAAUGGCUCCUCCCCAUAUACAGACACCCCGCCGCAGAAUCCGCUCCUAUCAAGCAUCCCAUCUCGCGGAUCUCCUGCCCACAUUCUAAACAUGCCACGAGAAAUCACCCACAGAAUUUUCUCAUACCUACUCACCAACCCCAUUCUCGGAACCGGUACCGCCAUCACCACGAUUGCAGAUCCCGUUAAGAACGGCAAACGAGUCGUCAAAGUCCCCAAAUACGAAUUACAUCCCGCGAUCCUCCGCGUCUGCAAGCAAAUGUAUCACGAUGGUGUUCAUGUGCUAUACCAGCAAAAUGAAUUCAUCAUGGAUUGCACGAAUUGGAUGUAUCGGGAUGAUUCGAAUGAGGAAUUAAGUGGAAUCUAUGAAUACACGAGUAGUUACGACCAAGAUUACUUUCCCAUCACGACCGCUCUGAAUGUAUCGCCCCUGACUCGAUAUGCCGAGCACUCUAAUGUAGCUCCCACUGAGCAGGAUUGGGAGUACCAGGGAAACGAAUUCUUCUAUCAACAACCGACUUUCAAUCGUCUCGUGGGUCCUCAAGCUCGAUAUGUUCGGAAGUGGAAAGUCAUCGUGCGUGGAGAUCAGGGUUAUUUCACGCAUAGAUUCGAUGAAGCUGCAUUAGCACAGUUCUGUCAUGCUAUCUGUCAAUGUUCAGACCUUUCACUUUCUUUCAUCGUUUGCAUAGACAAAACCUCCGAACAAACCCAAAAGGCAAGUCGUGCGGAUUUUGCCAAACAUUUGAGUUUUGAGGAAGUCUUCGCUGCUCUAAAGCUACUGAGGAAUGUGCACAGCGUGGAGUUCAAAGAAGCACAUUCGAAUAUCGAUGAGGAAAAAGGUGGAGAAGAGUUUCCCGAGUCGCUCCCUGUUUAUCUGGAUGAGAUCCAUCAAAUGGUCGAUGACUCUGCGGCCACCAUCACCUCGGGAGAAGAGAAGGACAGGUACAUCGAUUUGAUGAAGGGGUCCUCGCCAUUGGUCGAACCCAUCAACCUAAUGUGCGACGAGCUUGUAGCAUAUACCCAAACCUUUGAGAGCGUGCCUGAAUUCAGACAGGACAUAGACGUGGGCGACUUAGAUGCUACCAAUCAACACAAAAAAUCAUACAAUACGCUUGAAGGCACUCUUCGACAAGCACGAGCAGCAGCAUUGGUUGGGAACGUUAAAGGUUUCAAAGCCUUACGCAUGGAGCUGCUGUUGGAUAUUGAAAAUGAUCAAUUCCAGAGAAUCAAGCGAUGUUUCACCCAACUAAACGACUUCAAUUUGCAGGAUAGGGUUUUUCGCGGAAUGCUGUGUCAAGGAGAAUUCAACAAUCGCAUAUAUGAGGAUCAGGGCUUUGUGAUGGAUCUCAACAAGGAUUCGCCCGAGACACGUCACUGGCGAGAGAAGAUCACCAAAGCUCUCUCCUUGUUGGAGGAGUAUGCUGAAUCUUUGGAGAUAGAUUUGAACAAGAACUCUAUCUAUCGCCCGGGAUAUCGCAUUCGAAAUCCUGGAGCUUAUAUUAAGGAUCCUGCGAGAGAGAAGUUGAUGCGAAAAGUCAGAAAGGCGCAUAAAUUUCGGGAUUACGGCUAUUUCAUCCACUGCUUCCAGAAGGUCGUCAACCGAUUGAAUGAUCAAUAUAUUGAGAUCCUCAAGGCUAAACAAAAUCUCUUCCGAUGGGAUGCUAGACCUGCUCCAAGAGGAAUUGAUAUUCCUGUUGGGGAUGUUAAGAUAAUUUUUGAUCGUGACAUCGAACCGGUCGAAUGGACUAUCCGCGAUUUCGACUACAGUCACAAGCCAGGGAAACGAGCACGGGAGACUAUGAAGCAAGCCCCGUCACCUGCAAAGCGACAGCGUCGUUCGAGAUAG